AUGGCGCCUCCCCUGAUCACAGGAGUGCCGCUGCGGGAAGCCGUGGCGCGGAUAGGAAGCAGGAGGUACUGGGAGGAGCUUUGCCCCUACCUGCAUAUCGACAACAAGGGGCUCAGUACCAAGAGAAAGCUCAGCAAGGGGGAGCGCGUGAGGGUCAAGCAGGAGCUGGUGGAGGAGGGGUACUCCAAGGUGGGCGGCUGCGAACUCCUCGACAUGUCGCACGUGGAGCUGCUGAGACGAGGGAUCGAGGACCUGGUGGCAGAAGGCUGGCCGCCAACCUUCAUCGGGCUAUACGAUGAGUGUUGGCAGGCGGUCGGGGCGAUGCAGAACAACUUGAAGCAGGUGACGGACGGCAGGAACUCCUGCAACUUCGACGUGGUCGCCUGGCACGUCGACCCGAGCAAGGGACAGCACGGCUUCUCUCCCCAUCGAGACAGGCAGCCAGAAGACUGGGUACCCCGGGGCCUCCCCCAUGACGUGGAGGCGACUUUCGUCAAGGACGAGGAGGGGAACCUUGUGGCCAAGUACGUCACCUGUUGGCUGGCCCUGACCGAGGCCUCUCCUGACAACUCCUGCCUCAACUUCGUCCCAGCUCCUCAUGAUCCGGGGUACUACCAAGGGGAUGUAGAGGAGCAGGACCCCAUGGAGAGAGUGUUCUCAUGCAGGAAGGAAGCAUAUCAGCAUAUCCGAUCCGUACCCCUCAGCCCAGGAGGAUGCACUUUCCACACUCACAGGAUCAUCCACUGGGGAUCUGCAGCAAAGCCCAACGCAGCUUCCCGGCCGAGGAUCUCACUCUCCUGCGCCUUCAGCACCAGCGACUUUGAGAAGGCGUACGUGCUCAAGGAGGAGGCCCGGAGCUUUUCUCAGUUCGACUUCGAUCUCCGCCUGGCCCUCUGUGCCGGUCAGAUGAUCAACUAUGGCGACCGAUUCCUGAACGAGCUGGGGCCCCACGUGCUACGAGUUUAUCAUCGCGUUUUCUCCUCCCUGUCGCAUCUCUUCUCCGACGAGUUGUUCUCCUUGGACUACUUCCCUUGUUGUGAUGAGGUUCGCAGGUACCAAGCGGAGAUCGGCAACAAGUACGUCCAACUUGCAAGCAGCGUGCAAGACAAGAUGGAAGAAGACAUCAACGCAACGGCCAAGAAGCCAGGAGAGGAGGACGAGGACGAGGACGAGGACGAGGACGAGGAUAUCCUCGACUCAGCGCUUGACUCCAUCCUCAGCGCCAAGGUGAAAGGGAUGAAGGGCUUUGUGGAUGAUUUCGAAGACAUUUACGGACAUGCCGACUUUCCGGCAGAUCGCAAGGAGAUGCAGAGGAAGCAGAGGAAGCAGCUGCCGGCCAAGUUCUUUGGACGUGUGUCGCGUAUCCGCGGCAUCCUGAAGGGUCAGGGAUCGAAGAAGAAGAGGGGAGGGAAACGUGGCGACUGA